CACGUUUCCCCCACCGCUCUCAGCCACCCACCCCCGUCACGUGACACGGGUUUCGACGUCACGUCCCAUCUACUUCCGGUGCCCUCUUGCCCAUGUGAAGGAGUCCGGUCCCCGUCGCGUUUUAAACCAGCGGCGACCCUGACGUUUCCAGAAGGUACACUAUGGCUCAGAACCUCCGAGACUUUGCCUCGCGGAUGCCGGCGGGCGGCCGAGGGGCGGGGACUGCCCUGAAGCUGGUCCUGGGAGCUGGCGCUCUGAUGUACGGCGUUAAGGAGUCUCUCUUCACAGUGGACGGCGGCCAGCGGGCAAUCAUCUUCAGCCGGCUUGGAGGAAUCCAGCCCAACACCAUCCUUUCAGAGGGCAUCCACCUCAGGAUGCCGUGGUUUCAGUACCCGAUCAUCUACGACAUCCGGGCCAAGCCCCGCAAGAUCUCCUCGCUGACGGGGAGCAAAGACCUGCAGAUGGUGAACAUCGCCCUGCGCGUCCUCUCGCGCCCCAACAUCCAGACCCUGCCCGCCAUGUACCAGCAGCUGGGCCUGGACUACGACGAGCGCGUCCUCCCCUCCAUCGUCAACGAGGUGCUGAAGAGUGUGGUGGCCAAGUUCAACGCGUCGCAGCUGAUCAUCCAGCGGGCCCAGGUCUCCCUCCUGAUCCGCCGGGACCUGAUGGAGAGGGCCAACGACUUCAACAUAAUCCUCGACGACGUGGCCAUCACCGAGCUCAGCUUCAGCAAGGAGUACACGGCCGCCGUGGAGGCCAAGCAAGUCGCCCAGCAGGAGGCGCAGAGGGCCCAGUUCCUGGUCGAGAAGGCAAAGCAGGAGCAGAGGCAGAAGAUCGUUCAGGCCGAGGGCGAGGCGGCCGCUGCCUCGAUGCUCGGUGAGGCUCUGUCCAAGAACCCGGGAUACCUCAAGCUGCGAAAGAUCCGCGCGGCGCAGAGCAUCGCGAAGACGAUCUCCAUGUCUCAGAAUCGCGUCUACUUGAACUCAGAAAGCCUGGUACUCAACCUACAGGACGAAGGAUUCACAAAGUAAGCCAGUUUUCUUUCAUGCCCAGGACUUC